AUGGUAACUUAUCAUCAUCAACAUCAUUUGUCAUUCAUCUGGCUGUUCCUCUUGUCCUCCUCAUUCUUAUUGUUACUGGUUAAUUUAGAACAUGCUACAUUUGUCGGCGGAACUGCAAAUGCACAAAAUGAUGGAGCUGUCAACUUCACCAUUGGUGCCAUUGUUGAUUUCAGUAGUCGAAAAGGCCAAGAAGAUCUGGUUGCUAUGGAAAUGGCUGUGGAGGAUUACUAUAUUAAAACAAAUAUGAAACUUAAUCUGCUUCUGAAAGAUUCUCAAGGAGAUGCUGUCCAAGCAACUCUUUCUGCUACAAGUCUGAUCAAUGAAGAGAAAGUUAAAGCGAUUUUGGGGCCGCGAUCAUGGGAAGAAACAUCCGUAAUUGCUGAAGUUGGAAACCAAUAUGGCGUCCCAAUUCUCUCUUUAGCUGAUUAUUUCCCUCCAUGGUCAACCAGGCAUUGGCCGUUUCUUACUCAGGCCUCUCCGAGCAGAAUUUUACAGAUGAAAGCUGUUGCUGCUGUUGUACAAUCCUGGAGAUGGCGCCGGGUUAACGUGAUCUAUGAGGACAUAGAUUCCGCUGCAAAUGGAAUAUCACCACAUCUUUAUGAUGCUCUGCAAGAAGUUGGAGUUCAAAUUAGCCAUCUUACUACAUUUCCACCUUUGACUAAUAAUGUUUCCUUCUUGUCUGAAGAACUGGAGAAGCUUAAAGCAGAUCAAUGCAGAGUUUUCAUUGUACAUGUUUCAUUGGCCUUGGCUGUACAGUUGUUUAACAAGGCUAAAGAGUUGAAGAUGAUGGAAAAAGGCUAUGUCUGGAUCACUACUGAUAGCACAACUAGCCUUGUUGAUUCUUUGGAUAUCUCGGCGAUUUCUUCAAUGAAAGGGGUGCUUGGAGUAAAGAGCUAUUACAAAGAUAAAGGGGUGAAGUAUCAGGAUUUUUAUAGGAAAUUUGAUGAAAAUUUUGGUGCUAAGUACCCUAGAGAAAAGAAUAAUGAACCAGGAGAUUCUGCACUGGAAGCAUACGACGCCAUCUGGACACUGGCGCAAGCAAUGAAGCAAGGGGGCAAUCUUGUUGACAAACUUUCCGAUUCGAGUAUCACUGGUUUAAGUGGCGAAAUCCAGUUUGUUGAUCGUACGUUAGCCCCACUAACUGUGUUUCAAAUUAUUAAUGUCAUUGGAAGGAGUUAUGAAGAACUUGGAUUCUGGACACAUGGUCUAGGUUUCUCUGCGAAUUUGGAUGGAAAGAUGCAAAACCGCAACACUAUGGAGAGUUUGGGACAGGUUUUCUGGCCUGGAGGAUCUUUGGCUACUCCAAGAGGAUGGGAAGUCCCAAAUGUUAGUAAUCCCUUGAGAAUCGGCGUACCUAGUGGCACCUUGAUCAACAGCUUUGUGGAUGUGGAGUAUGAUAAUUCAACAGGAAAUUACACUAUCUCAGGAUUUUCAAUUGAUGUCUUCACAGAAGCUGUUGCGCUCUUACCAUAUUAUUUACCGUACGAAUUCAUCCCUUUUGAUGAUACCUAUGAUUCUUUGGUUGAGCAAGUCUGGUUAAAGAACUUUGAUGCAGCAGUUGGUGACAUUGCUAUAAUCUCCAAACGAUAUGCUUUUGCAGACUUCACUCACCCUCACACUGAAUCAGGACUGGUAUUAGUAGUUCCAGUUCAAUCAAAAUCGAACAAAGGCUGGCUGUUUCUGAAGCCAUUCACCAAACCAAUGUGGCUGGUUACAGUAGCUGUAACUGUCUACAAUGGCUUCGUGAUAUGGAUGAUCGAGCGAAACUAUUGCGCUGAACUCAAGGGAUCAGUUCUGCAUCAAAUAGGCAAACUGCUAUGGUUGGCUUUUGCAACAUUGUUCUCAAUUCAAGGUGAUAAGUUGCACAGCAACUUGUCAAAGAUGGCGACAGUGGUGUGGCUAUUCGUCGCGCUCAUCAUAUCGCAGACUUACACUGCCAAUCUUACUAGCUUGCUCACUGUUCCAAGGCUUGAGCCAAAAGUAGCCAAUAUUGAGACACUCAGAAAUAACAAACAAAUGGUUGGCUACUCCAGGAAAGGUUCUGUUAAGGGUUACUUAUUGGAUGUCUUACACUUCAAAGAAAACUACAUUAAGAAAUUCUCGACGUUGGAAGAAUGUGCAGAAAGUCUUAAGACAGGCAAAACUGCUGGAGCUUUGCUUGAAGUUCCUACAGCAAAGCUGUUCCUAGCCAAAUACUGCAAGAGCUUUACCACAACAGGUCCAACCUACAAGUAUGGAGGUUAUGGAUAUGCUUUUCCUAAAGGAUCUCCGUUGAUAGCAGACAUCGAUGAAGCUCUACUCAAAGUGUUUGAAAAGGGCACACUAAAGGAAUUAGAAGACAAACUAACAGCUUCUGAUAACUGUGUGGAGAGUGACUUGGAACAUGAAACUCACAGUCUAAGUCCUAGCAGCUUUCUUGUGUUGUUCUUAUUCACAGGGGUCACAUCAACAUCAGCACUGGCAAUUUAUGCAUUCCAUUCCAAAUGUAAAGAGGAUAACUCCAUGUCCGAACACGAAAGGAACUGGACACUCAUCUUGCUGGUGCUAAAACAUUCAAGGAAACUGAAGGUCAGGUUCUCUAGAAAAUUUAGCAACUCUGGAACUUCCACUACAACCUUUCCAGCUUCCUGGUACUACUAG